UCGUUAUCAGUGCUGGACCUUGGGUCAGAGGGGACCAUAUAAAAGCAUUGUUGGGGGUAAAUCGGUCAGUUGGAGUGCGCUAUGGCUCGACGAAGCCCCUCUAGAGUGGGCCUAGCCCUGGCACUUAUCUGCCUCAUAAGCCACGGACAGGCCGAAGAGACUUGCCGGACAGGAUGUCGCGGAGCUGCUCAAACUUUCAAAUACAAGGAAGGCACCACGUACAAGUACAACUACGACAGCAAAAUCGAAGUGAGUCUUUCGGGGGCCGACGGCCAGAAGAGCGUCACCGAAGUCAAGGCCACAGUAUUACUUACCCAACAGCCCCAAUGCAACCAAAUCUUGCGCCUCCAAAACGUCCAAAUCGUGGGCAACGAUGGCAAAAAACACACCAACCUCCCCGACACCGACAAACCCAUCAGUAUCAACUACCACGACGGCCACCUGGAGGACAGCAUCUGCAUCACACCUGGUGACAGCCAGAACUCGCUCAAUCUCAAGCGCGCCAUCGCGUCCAUCCUCCAGGCGAACCUGAAGUCGGGCCACGAGACCGACGUGUUCGGGCUCUGCCCCACGGAGGUGACCCACCACAAGGAGGGCAACAUGGUCGUGGUGCAGAAGGCGCGCAACCUGAACCGGUGCGCCUUCCGCGAGAACAUCAAGCAGGACUUCAUCGCGACGGCGUUCAAUCUCAACAGCGAGAUUAAAUCGAGUCCGAUUUUAAACGGGGAUUAUGACGCCACGCUCCGCAUCAAAAACGGGAUCCUGGACCAGGCCACCGUCCACGAACACUACCUCUACGUCCCCUUCUCCGUGGGCACGAACGGGGCCAAAGCCGCGAUCGAAACCAACCUGAAAUACGUCGGGACGGCGAAAGACAACUCGCAGGUUAAAGGCGGGCAUCCUAGGUCCAUCAUCUUCGAGGACCCGCACCCGGUGCAUUCGCCGCACACCAACGUCAACAGCAUCCUCAACGCUGUCAAACAAACCGCCAAGACGAUUGAUGUCGUCGUGGGCGAACACACAGCCAAGGAGUUUACCAACUUGGUGAAAAUACUACGUGUUAGUAAAAAAGAUGAUCUUUUGGCCGUCUACAACCAGGUGCGCGCUGGCGUGGGAUUCCCCGACAAAGUCGCCGGUAAGAAAAUCUUCCUGGACGCCCUCCUCAGAGCCGGUAACGGCGACAACAUCGAAGUCGCCAUCGAACUGCUCAAAAACAAAGAACUGACCCCAGUUGAACAAAACUUGGUUUUCUUGGGAUUAUCGACAGUGCGUCACCCGACUGAAAAUUCCCUUGCGACAGCUGCGGCCCUUCUAGACCAACCCAACCUUCCUCGAAACGCCUAUCUAGGAGUUGGAAACCUAGCCGGAAGGUUUUGCCGCCAACAUCGGUGCGAACACGCCGAAGGACUUAAAAAAUUGACGCAGAAAUUGGUUCAGAAGUUGGGCAAACAGCCGACGAAUCGACACGAUGAGAACGAUUUGAUCUAUGUGUUGAAGGCGUUGGGUAACUUCCAUCAUUUGUGCGAUGAGGUUUUGGAGAAGGUUACCGGUUUGGCACAGAAUAGGAAAAAUUCGAAUAGGGUGAGGGUUACAGCGUUGGAGACGUAUCUGGCUGAUCCUUGCAAGGAUAAGUUGAGGGAUAGUGCGAUUGGUAUCCUGAAGGAUGUUCAACAGGAUUCCGAAGUUAGGAUUAAGGCCUAUCUAGCACUUGCACAAUGUCCGAACAGUAAGGUGGCAAGUGCCGUUAAGGCCGUUUUGGAGAAGGAACCCAGUUAUCAAGUUGGUGGUUUCAUCCAAACCCACAUCCGCAACAUCCGCGCCUCAGCCAACCCCGACAAAGAACUCGCCAAACAACACUUGGGCCAAAUCACCGUUCCCAAAAAAUACCCCUUCGACCUUCGCAAAUACUCAGCAAACGGCGAAUUCUCCUACACUUUCGACACUUUAGGAAUCGCCAAUUCGAUCGAAAGCAACAUCAUCUACUCGCAAACCUCUUUCCUACCACGGUCCACUAGCCUAAACCUGACUGCCGAAAUUUUCGGACACACCUUAAACUUCCUGGACAUUCAAACGCGUCAAGAGAACUUGGACCGCUUGGUUGAACACUACUUGGGCCCCAAAGGACUGCUCCGCUCCAAAACGUUGCAACAACUCUGGGAUGGAACUGGACCACGUGUCAAAAAACUGACCGAGGAGUUGGACAGCAGGUUGAGGGAGUUGUUGAGAGCACGUCGCGAUUUAUCAAAGGCCGAGAUUGAAUCGGUGGGGAAACAAGUCGAGAUUAAGACCAACGAACUGAAUAGGGACCUGGACUUGGAUUUGAGCGUCAAAGCGUUCGGUUCCGAAGUUUUGUUCUUGAAUUUGAACGACGAUGUUCGGAAAUACACUCCCGAGGCUGUGAUUGAUCAGAUUUUGGCUGGGUUUAAGCAAGGGCUUGAUAGAAUCAAACACUUCGACGAAACCCUGCGAAGUAACCUUUUGUUCCUCGACGCGGAACUUUCCUACCCCACGUCGUCUGGGUUUCCCCUUCGGCUGGGAGUCGAAGGUUCGGCCAAUCUCCAGGUGAAGACGGCCGGUUCUUUCGAUAUGAAACAAGGCCACAAAGUCAAAUUCACUCUAAUUCCAAGCGCGAAUGUUGAAGUUUCCGGGCGGUUGACUGUCGAUACUUUGGUUCUUGAAAGUGGGCUUAAGAUCAUUUCCACUUUGCAUACGGCCACUGGCGGUGAUCUCACGUACGAAGCGUUGAAAAACGGUGAAGAUAUCAAAUUUUCGUUCCCCGUUGAGAAACAGAAUAUACUUUCGGCUAGUCAUGAUAUUGUUUUCCAUAAUCGUGAAUGGGGAAGUCCUGAAGUUAAUACUCCUUUGAAGUUUGCGCAAAAUAAAGAUUUCUCGAUCUGUUUGGAUCAAUUGAGUCCGUUUAUCGGCUUGACGUUCUGUGGGGAAUUCAAUGGACCUAAUCUACAAGGACAGAAGGUGCCGAUUUUGCCGUUCCCCUUGUCUGGGGAUGCUAGAGUUGAAGUGACCGUUGAAAAGGAGGACUUGUCCAUGUACCAUUUCCGCAAUGAAUACUUCUUGCAAGAGAGUGGUAAAACCGGCCUUGAAGUCGUACUCGAAGCCUUGGGAAAGAGCGGCCAAAAGAAGGUCGCCCUAACACUUGAAGCCUUCCUCCAACCGGAGCGUUACUUCAAGGCUGCUUUAACCUCUCCCGUUACUUCAGCAGUCCUUGAAGGUCGUAUAACCUUAACCGACAGCGAAAGAUCCCUUUCGUUGCGUUUUGCCCAAGACAAGAACGAAUAUUUCGGAAAAAUUGGAGUCGCAGUCCAAGGCUCGGCCGCAAAAGCCAUCUACAAGCCACUAGUCCAAUACAAAACACCCCAAGACGGAGCCCUUCAAGUACCACCAUACCGAGUCGAUGGCCAAGUAAUCGUCGAAAACAACGGCCCAGCAACCACUUACACCCUCGACAACGUCAAGUUAAUAAUCCCCAACCAGAAAACCAUCACCUUCAAUGGAAAAUUCGGCCACGAACCCGAAACGGUUUUCGCCGACUUGACCGUCUCGGACGGCAACAGCAACGCAGCCUUCAAGGGCAAACUCCGCGUCAACGCCAACCUUAUCAAGUACAACGCCGAACUCAAAAACUCCCUAAACCCGAGCGCAAACAUCCACCUUAAAGGCGAACUCGCAAAAUCGGCCGAAGAGUUGAAAAACUUCUUCCAAGUGGCGCACGGUGGCGACUUCAGCGACAAAAACAGCAUCCUCACUUUGGAGAACUCGCUCAAACAUCGCAACAAAGGCCCGCAGGACUUCCUACUCGACACCAAAAACAAACUCUCGUAUCCUGGCCUUGGGGCCAACCUCGAGUUCGAAUUCCAACUCAAACCAAAGGCUGUGGAGUACGACCUUGACGUCCAGUACGGCAGUACCAAGUUCGGUUCCGAACUGGAAUACGAGCACAACUCCAAGCGCGAAGGCACCGAAUUCAAGCUAGACUUCGGUAUUUGGGGCCUCAACAACCGGGUCAAUAUCAAGGGGAAGAGAACAAUAAACGGGGAACAAUCCCACAUUGAAAACUCGUACGAAAUCAACGGGAAACGCACCGAAAUCAACGGAAAAAUCAGGCACCACUUGCGGCCGCAGGACGUUGAUUUUGGGGCCGAUCUGGAGAUCAAAGUACCACAACAUAACACCCCGUUCAAGGUUCUGGGCGAGUUUAAACUCAACCCGAACGAAAUCGACGCUUCCAAUAAAAUCACUUCGGGUGGUACCGUCUAUCUUGACGCGUUCCUCAAGGCCAACAAGGCCGGGAACGCCAAUGGAAGCAUCAAAGUUAACUUGAAAGGACAAUUGCUGGUGAGUGGUCAAGUCAAGGCGAACAAAGGCAGCGGAACGGGCGAUCUAGAAGUCGAGUUACCCUCGCAAGGACGCAAGAGCAAAAUCGAUACAACCUUUACAGUGCACGAACCCACCUACAACAUUGUUGUCAACAUCUACCCCGUCUUCGACAAGGACAAGUCGAAGAAAAUCACACUUUCGACACAAACUAGCCUCAAACCGCACCAACUCGACUCGAAGAACUUCAUCGACUUCUUCGGGAACAAAGUCGAAGGGAAUGUGAAAGGGUCGCAACAGGGGGACCUAAGUAAUGGGAAAAUCACCGGCGAAGCCGAACUUACCCUCCCUAAUAAUUGCUACUUCGCGGGGAAAAUCGACCGGGAGAUGAAGACCGUCGAACAAGUUCUUAACGGAAAUGCCAUCGCCAGUAUAGAGUACCGACCAAACAAAAACCAACCAGGGAAUAAAUUCACCAUCAAAGGGCAUGCCAAAGAUACGAACCCCAGCGAGAAGAUCUUCGAUCUGAAUUACCAAAUUACGGCCGAAUCUGCCAAAGGCAAGAACCUGAACUUCGAUCUUAUGGUCAAGAGAGUACCACAAGGCGAACGGUUCAACAUCCAAAUGCACAACAAGAUCUACGGUUCGGAACUACCAAGUCCCAUCGAAACCACGUUGAAGGGCACGUGUGAUGGGUUCACGGGUUCGUUCGAAGGCGCCUCCACUUACGCACCCUUCGGGAAAAUCGCAAUUAGGGGCAAACACGACUUUAGUGGUUCUGGGAAACCAGUCAGUGGCGAACUCGAUUUAGACGUGACCACGACCAGCCAACACUUGAAAACCAUGAAGUUUAGCAUCGGAGGUUCCCUCCACAAGAGUGACAAUGUUGACGUCAAAGGUCAAGUCAAGUUCUUCGGCGAGAACGCGAAAGGAGUCUUCGCCGAGUUCGACUCAAACGGCGAAGUCAAAGUCAGUGACCGAGAGGCAAGAGCUAGAGGAACCAUCAAGACGGGCCAACUGGACCCCAUCUCCGUAUCAGUCGGAAUGAGCCGUUUGGAGGACAAAGAAGUCAAAGGUGACCUUGGUUUCGAAUUCGGCAAAGGCCAGAAAGCCAAGGGCGACUUCACCCUAAUCCGCCUCCAACCGCACGAAUACAAACUCGACCUCAAAUUCGACACCCCAGCUGAGAAAUUCAAAAGCAACCGAAUCCAAGUGCACACCAAGAGCAACGACGCCCGCACCCACCACCAAAGCGAAGUGAUCCUGACCUCGGACGGCAAGACCUGGACCGCCAACACCGACCUCGUCCUCUCCGAAAUCGCCCCAAGUGUCGACAUCAAAGUCAAGUGUCCCGAAGGCAAACUGCGCCAGUUCCUCGCCAAAGUCACCAAAAUGAGCGACCGCCAACUCGGCGCCCAACUCAAGAUCGUCAACCAAAAAGAGAACUUCCUCCUCGAAGGCACUGUGGACGCCAACGUCGAGAACAUCGACGACUUCCACGUGAAAAUCACAGCGAACGCGCCGACCUUGAAAAUCGACAAGUACGUCAUCGAAGCACAGAAUAAACCCGCCAAGACCGGACGGCGAAUCCAAGUGACGGCGAAAUCAGGCAACAAGAAUAUCCUGGCCGGGAGCACGAGCUACACAGCGCGGGAAGAGCACGGGAAAGUGAUCAUCGAAGGCUCGGGUUCGUUUAAACUACACGACGAAACGAAAUCGGCGAACUUUAAAUACAUCCGCCAGAAUCUGGUCCAGGCCAAGAACGGCGAAACGGGCAUCGAGAUCUCCUUCGACGCCAGUUUGGGGAACAAAGCAAUUGAUGCAGAAUUGAAAAUCACCGACAAACAGUUCAGGAUUUUGAACUCCUACUGCGAGGAAAAGAAACAAUGUGCACAUGUGGAAGUCGAUGUUAAGACAACCGUUGACGAUGUCAAAGCCUUCAACCAGGAAAUCGAAAUCGCGAUUGACUUACGCAAGCUGGGGUUGUCGCACGAGUUUGGCCUCAAAGCGGUGACCACUCGCAAGGAGUACGUCCUAGACCACACUGUAGAUAUGCAUUUCCAAAGCCAGGAGAACAGCAAGUACCAAUACAGUCUCUACGUCCACCCCAACCAGGCUGGAGUUAGCCUAACGACCCCCAAACGAAUCAUCGCCCUUGAAAGUAAAAUCAACGUCCCGUCCAAGUUCCUCCAAGACGGUGGUUCCGUCUCCGGCGAAGUCUUCUUCUACACGGACAAGAAGAACCAACCAAACAAAAAAUCCGGACUCAUCUCCUACCUCAACCUCAACCCCAAAGGACCAACCCUUGACGGUGAGAUCAAAUUCACAAACCCGGCCCUAAAACGCCCACUUCUGAUCAGCAUCAAGUCGAAAUACGUGCCAAUGUCGCUGGAAAGCGUGGUCACGUUUGACGUUUUCGCCCAACCGGACCAGAAGCUCGUCAUCAAACACACGGAGAAGUGGUCCGACCCGAAGGACUACAAGAAGAUGGAAGCCAAAGAAGUGGUGGAAAUUAAGAGUACAGGCCUCCACAUUGAUAUCCACUACGAGGAGUACGCUUUCGCGUCGGUCGAAGACCACCACUACAAGGCCGAAGUCAAGUUGAGGUACUCCGGACCUGGGUCCAAACACGAAUCCGGCGCGCUUUACGAAGUCACCCCCAAGAAUCUCGAAGCCGGGAUCAAACUCUUCAACCACCAAUUGUUCCACCUGACGUCCAAAUACCAACUCUCGCAAAACCACCAAGUGUUUGAUAGCGAGUUGGGUUGCUACGGCCAUAGACCGUUGGUGAGUCACCUGGAGGUGAAGAACCUCAACACUUUGAAGUACUCGAUCGCGUGCAAAGACAAGCCAAACGACAAGCUCCUGGUUAAUUGUGGCUUCAAGCCGGGGGAGAUUGCCGAUGUUAGGGCCGAAAUCAUCAAAGGCGGGCAAACGCACGAGUUGGGGCACGCGACUGUUAAACUAGACGAUGCUAAUUUCCUCAAGUCCGACUACAAGGUCCAAGCCAAGAACAUCGAGGAGUUGCUGUUCAAGCCGAUCAAGGACGGGAUCCAGCGUGAAGGGGACGAGUUGGCGAAACUCUCGUCGGAGAUGAUGCAACACGGCCAGAAGGAGUUGCAGAGCUUUGGCGAAGUCGCCAAACGGGCAACGCCCGACAUCGCCCCGCUUCGCCAGUACUACACCGGCGAACUCGCCAAAAUCAAGGACGAGAUCCUGGCCGACAAAACCAUCAAGGACUUGAGCGAAUUCCUUUACAACAUCUUGUCAGUUUUCACACAAACUUUCGGCGAUUCGUUCAAACACUUUAGCGAGUUUAUUGAGAAUAUUUACAUCAGUUUUGAUAAGACUUUCGGGAACAUCCUCCAAAUUAUCGAGAAGGAUAUUUUACCGCACGCCAAAGUCACGUGUGACAAGUUCCUGAAACUGUUCCUUCACGCUGUUGACAUUGCCACCCAUGCCGUUUUAACAGUCGGUGUCCAAAUUGCCGACAUCGCCGAAAAAUACCAACCCGAGUUCCAGCAACUUGCCAAUGUUUUUGGACAAGUCAGUCAGGACGUUUUACGGGCAAGUCUCAACCUGUACGAGGCCGUAAAAAGUGUGAUUAUCGACCAAUGGCAACAAAUUUACAACGAAAUUAAGGCAAUGCCAGCUGUUGAACAACUCAAAGCCGAGUAUGAACAAUACGUUAAACAUGGAUUACCGGCCCGCGAAAACAUUGCCAAUGCUAUCAAAGACUUGCUUUCGACGAUUAAAGAUUUAGCACCGACUGAAGAACUUAAAGCUUUCAUUCAAGCUAUUAGUGACUAUGUUUGUCCGAAACUCAACAACCAAAAGAUUGACGAUAAAGUGGCAAUUGAUCGAAUUAUUCAAUCGGGAAUUGCUGGCGGUAAAUCAAUCAUGGCCAUUGUGACCGGAAGUCGGCCGGUUCCAGAAUUGCACAACUUCCAACUUCCACUUCCUGCAACACUUCUUAACCGACUUCCCAAACUUGCAGCGUUUAGGUUUAGUCCGUUCUCGUUCAUUUUGGGCGAGGAAUUGUACGUUUCUGAGUUCUUCCUAUCGCUUGUGAAUAGACCGAGGAACUGGAUACCACCAUUCCCACUGUACGGUGUGAUCGCACAAGGCCAGCACAUCUUCACGUUCGAUGGCAAACAUUUGACAUUCCCUGGAAAGUGCAACUAUCUCCUGGCCCGUGACGCCCUCGAUGGUAACUUUAGCGUGAUUGGAAGCUACAAGGACGGGUUCCUUGAAGCCAUUUCGCUGAACCAAGGAUCCGACACCAUCACUUUGAAAAAACACCGCCAGGUCUUGCUUAAUAAUGCACCAACCGAACUUCCAAUCCGCAAACACAACAUUGCCGCCUUCACCGACGAAGAAAAAAUCGUACUGUUAUCAGAUUACGGCGUUAAAGUAAUCUGUGGGCCUGAACUUUUCGUUUGUUCGGUCACAGCGUCCGGCUUUUAUCAUGGAAAAUUGAGGGGUCUUCUGGGUAAUGGUAACAAUGAGCCCUAUGACGAUUUCACACUGCCUGAUGGUAAAAUUGUCAAGUCGGAGAGCGAGUUUGGCAAUAGCUACAAGACAAGUUCUGGAUGUGCUGCCGUCCAGACGGUGUCGCAUGAAGGACAUCAUGCUAACCCAGCAUGUGAUAAACUCUUCGGUUGGGAGUCUAGUCUUAGAUAUUGUUAUCCGUUUGUUCCGGUGGAGAAUUUCAAAAUGGCGUGCGAACAUGGCCUCAGUUCCGGUGUCAAGGAUACGGAAUAUGCCGUUUCGGUGGCGUAUGUUGCUGCUUGUAACCAACACGGAAUUCCGGUCAGGGUACCAAAACGAUUUGUCAAGUGCUACAACGGUGACAAGCCAUCAGUGAUCGGCGACGAAUUCACGGUAAAAACCCCCGGAAAAGAAGCCGAUAUUGUCGUUCUCAUUGACACCAACAAAGAAAACGAAGCAACUUUCAAAGAAUACAUCCAACCGCUCAUCCAACAACUGACCCAAGAACUGAGCUCGAAAGGCGUCUCCGACGUCGAGUUCCACAUUAUCGCCUUCGGCGGCGAAAACCAAUGGCCAUCCCACAUCACCACAUCCGGUGGCAAACUAACAUUCAAAGGCAAGGCGCCAAAUUUGAAAUUCGGGGAAAACCCGCACGACCACGCCCUCAAAACCGACUGUCCCCACCUCGACAACUUGGUCAAAUUCAUCAAAACACUCUGUACGGACCUCAAACUAGCCUUCGGACUCGACCUCCAAGCCAAGACCUACAACGAAGGCCUCGAGUAUCCCUUCAGAGCCAACGCGAUCAAGUCCAUCAUUGCCGUAACAAGCAGGCCGUGCCAGGUCGGCCACCUUUACCCCUUGCAGCUCCUCCGCACUUUGCUGUACAGAGGCAAGACGAUCAACCUCAACUUGAUUACGCCAAUUGACCGCUCGGGGGCCAAGUCCGAGGCCAAAAAUAUCGUCGGUUUCAACGCGAAGAACGUCUACGCCAUGGGUGCGACCAAAAACAAGAUCAAACAUUUCGGGGAUUUGGGCAAAGAGCUGACUUACAACGACUAUUGUGUUGACUUCACGGUGCAAAAUGACGGUAAUGUCUUCGUCAGCGACCACAUCCAUUUGCAGCCCAAGGCUUCGCGCAAACAAUUCGUCCAGUUGACUUCGCACGGAAUCGUCGAACAAUUGGUGGGAACUGAGAAGACUUACGAUUGUGAAUGUAAAUUUGUCACGGCGUUCAGUGCCCAAAACGUGUGCACGUUGACUUCGAGCAAAGAAAAAGCAGCCAAAAAAACUGGCACCAAGAGUUAAACUGAACUAAGUACGGUAUUUAUAAAAAUUUGUAUAAAUAUGUUGUAAUAAUUAUAACACAGAUAAAAUAAACGUUUAGAAUUAUUUCGUGGUUUCAAUGUAUACCUCUACUCAUCGGCGAGUUGCCGAUAAAAAUAUUUUUAGUCACUGUGUUGUAUUUUAAAAUAUUUAGUUAAAAUUGUAUUGCAUUGUUACAGUGUGAUAAUGGAUAAUGAUAAUUUGUUUUUAAUGUUUUUUUAACCUUUAAACACAUUAUUUUUUGUUUAGAAAAAAAAACAAAAAAGUGGGAACAAAACGAGAAAAUCAGAACCAGCUUUUUUACAAGAACUGGACCAAAAGUGAAGCAUUUUUGUUGAGUCUCAAAAAAAGAUCAAACACGUAGAUUAUAUGUUUUUUAAAUGCUAUACAUUAUGACAACACAUUGACAUUUAUAGCGACAUUCGUUUUUGAGUAAUGAUGUCAUUCUUAAUUUUUUUAAAGUCUGACAAAUAUAAAAAAAUUCAAAUAAAAUAAAGCAAAAAAGUUAUUGAAAGUUUUAUACAAAGUUUUAAACAGUCGAGAAUAAUUGAUUUGUUUACUCUUAAACAAUAAAAUUGCGAGAAUAAAUUUUGAAUUUACACCUGAAUUCGUAUGUAAUACGUUUAAUAAAAGCAUAUUAUUGUCCGCUGCGCUCACUCGUUUUGGCAAACAUUAUUCCCGUUAAACCAAUCCGUCUUUUCCAUGAAGGUUUUUGUAACGUUAAUCGUCGAACAAUUGGUGGGAACCGAGAAGACUUACGAUUGUGAAUGUAAAUUUGUCACGCCGUUCAGUGCCCAAAACGUGUGCACGCUGACUUCGAGCAAAGAAAAAGCAGCC